AUGGACAUAACAACUCUAUUCGAAAAAUAUAAAAAGACUCACAACAAAUUAAGUCCUUUGUCAUUGAAUCAGUUUUACCCAAUGGCGAUAAAUGAGAAUUGUGAAUUGCUUCAAAUUUAACCAGAUAGUGAAGUCCAAAGUUUUAUUUCCUUUCGAGAACUGAAUCAAGGGGCAGUUUCAGAAUUAAAACGAUCCUUCUAACAAUCCAAAAUGGUUUGGAAUAAUUAUAGUAAAUAUCUCUUUGGAGAGCCAUCCUUGGAUGAGUAGGAAUUGGAAACCGUCGAUCAAGAAAAAUUCAAUACAUCUAGAAAAUUGUAAUUAAUUCACAAUAGAGAGACAUUUCACAAAAUGAGAAAGCAAUACAAAUAAUAAGAGGAGAGUCAAUUGAACCAAGUCAAAUAAGCUUUAAAAAAAAUUCAUUCUUAAACUAAUGGAAUCAAAGUCUACCCUUCUUUAGCAUAUUAAGAUUAAUAAAAGUUAGAGUUGCUAAGAAAAUAGGUAAGAUUAGGAGGUGUUUAGUAAUUGUAAGAAAGAAACACUGAUGCUUAGCAAUUAUAAAAAAGAAUACUUGAAUCAUAAGUUGCAUUAAGUUAAAUUAAAAAGCAAUUUGCUUAUGCUUUUAAUUAUGAUUAUAACUUCUGGGGUCCUUGUUCAAGGGACGGAAGUACAAUGGUCACCUUCGAUAGAAAACUUUAUUUGUAUGGAGGGUCUAGUUCUGUCUAAUAAGAAGAUUUGUGUGUGGCUAUUAUUGAUAAAUGUAAUAUGGAAUAAUAAUUUACAUAGAGUUUUACAAGUGGAGUCCUCAAAAAUUAGAUGAAAAAUCAAUCCAUGGGUAUAGAGUUCAUCAUACUGCUGGAAUCUACAAGAAUUUUAUGA